GUCUUGGCUCACUGAGUCGCUGUCUUUGAUUAUCUCCAUCUCGGUGACAGCUAAUCAGAAACAACAGCAGAGUCGGUGAAAAACCUUGGAGAAUUUAGCUUUUAAAGCAAUGGAGGAGUACAAUUCCGGAGAGGAGGUAGAUUGUGCAUUAAGCUAGAUAUAUAUGUAUUAUUUCAGACUUUGACCCUGAUAUCAAUCGGCCGAGUUAGCUAGAUGAAUGGUCAGCUAGCUAGCUAGCUAACGUUAGCAUGCACUGCAUUGAGGGUGCUGGCUUAGAAAACGUCACUAGCGAGGACAUGAGUAUUUAAGUAGUCAAAUGAAACUAACGAUAAUAUACACCUUGUAAACAUUUGUCAUGCAAAUUAUGUCAUAUUAUUGCAUGUGGGAAAUUGAUAAGUUUAGCAGCUAGCUAUAAUAAUAAUAAGCCAUUUAGCAGACGCUUUUAUCCAAAGUGACUUACAGUCAUGUGCGCAUACAUUUUUACGUAUGGGUGAUCCCGGGGAUCUAACCCACUACCCUGGCGUUACAAGCGCCAUGCUCUACCAAUUGAGCUACAGAGGACCAUCUAGCUGGGUGUGGUCCAAUCAUUGAGACUGGGCUGGGCAGGACUUGAUUAGUAGCGCGCAAGCAUCUGUCAACAUUCAGCAUAGGCAUAUCUACAGUAUAAUGCAGCUGAAGUAACCCGGUGUGUACAGUCAUAGAAAAAAGGGUUCUUCGGCUGUCCCCAUAGGAUAACUAUUUUUGGUUCCAGGUUGAACUCUUUUGGGUUCCAUGUGUAACCUAUAGGGACAGCCGAAUAACCGUUUAGGUUCUACAUAGCACCUUUUUUUCUAAGAGUGUAUAUAUGUAUCGUUGAAUCUACUUAGCUAGAAAUCUUCCAGAAAUCACUACCCUGUUUAUACAGCAGCAGGCUGCAAUACCCAUAAUCUCAGUGCAAGUUAUUCUGAAGAUCCUAUCAACAGUUAGCUAUGAGUUUAUUGUAGCAGCCCUUCCUCCCGGGGCUUGCCUGAAAGCCUUUGAUAUCCAGUCUUGACAGCUAUAGUGUUGACUAAGAUCUCACAGAGUGGACUGGCUGUCUGUCUGUGUACCCUGAUUUGUUGUGCAAGUAGCCAGGAGAAACUAGGUCAGCUCCAGCUCCUUUUGUGUGAAUGAAUGCCCAACAGCACAAGCUUUUGUUUUGAGUUAUAUCAUAACAAAGUAAUCCCCUCUUGUUUUCAUGUUAAAUGUUUUUCAUAAUUACUAUUUUUAUAUAUUUUUGAUAUCGUUUGGAAUCACAGGUGUCCUUCAACGCAGAUGAGGCCAGUGUCUCUGUUAAAGAGGUAAGGGGAUCUUUGAAACAUGUUUCUCAACAGUCUUAUUUCUUGGUAGGUAAAGAUGAUCAAAACCACUGUGAUUAUCCCUUCAUAGCUGCUUGACUGUGUUGUUUCCCUUGCUGACUGUCUGGUGUCGUUGUCUCAGUGUAUCGAAGGUAUCAUUGGAGGAAUAGACUACAACCAGAACAAAGUGAACCAGUGGACUGCCAGCAUCGUGGAGCACUCUCUCACCCAGCUGGUCAAGCAAGGGAGACCAUUCAAGUUCAUAGGUAUGAUGCUAAAUGACUAAAAUGUAAAUGUAAAUUAUAUAAUGAUGAUAUAACACAAGGAAGCUAUGGUAUUACAAGAGUCAGUCAAAAAUUAGUCACAUCGAAGUGGUGAGAGAACAUAGAUGCACUAAAAGUUGAAGUUGUUGUUAUCCAUUAGAAGAAGGCUUCUCUACUCCACCCUUAACAAGCUGGAUGAUGGGCCCUGUGCGUGCUCCCGGUCGCAAAGGGCUGUAUAAAAGCUUUAUAAUAGCAGUAUGAUAGCUGUAUGACAGUGGUAUGAAAGCUGAAUGAUAGAGGAUAAUAUCUGUAUGACAGCUGUAUGAUAGCCUUUUGUGACCAGGAGCAAGGCCCUGUGCAUGACAGAAUGCUUACAGCAGGAAAUGUAUCUUCAACAUUGUCUUGUGUUCCAGUGAACUGUGCCAUCAUGCAGAAGAGUGGUGCUGGUCUCCACACGGCUAACUCCUGCUACUGGGACACUGCUACUGAUGGUGAGAGAGAGGAAAACCCCACGCAUACUGUACUAACCUUUGAACAGGCAUUUGCUUUUGUUGUGCUGAUGAACAGGGUAUUAUAUUUUGGCUUAUUCAGAAGGGUGCAACAAAGUAGAGCCCGACCGAUAUUGGCUUAUUAGCGCUAUAUCUGUAUCGGCGAUAAUUCCACCGAUAACCGAUAUUUAAUAAAUAGGAUGAAAAAAGGGAAUCUCAUUCUUAUCUGAACACUUGAGUCCAUUCUCAUGAUGUUUCAUUUAGGGCUGGCCCCGACUGAAAAAAAUCUUGGUUGACCAAGAGUCGUCUGUUCUUUUGACCAAUCGAUUGGUCAACAUUUUAAAACGUGUAUUUUUCCAUAUAGAGUUUCAAUCAAAUCAAUAUGUGUUUUAAUGAAAUCAACUAUAUGCACUGAGCUUGUCUGAUGCUUUAAGCGAACUGUUUGAUGUCCACCACAGAACAUCAGUGUGUACAGCGCUGUCUGUGUUGCUGAAGCUGCAACAUAAUUACAGCCAUUUCUGACUGAAAGGUGAUGUUGCCAAAAUCCCUAAUUUGUUUAGGAAAAACAUUCCCUAUUCCCUCAACCCUUGCUCUCUUUACAUGACACAUGUAUGCUUAUGCACAUAGCAACAUGGUCUAGGAAAAUGCGCCAAUUUAACAGCGCACUGAUGUGUUUCAGAACCACAGACAGCGACCACUAUCCAACGCAGCAGAAAGCGCCCUUGUUAUAAAAUAUUAUAAUUGUUAUUUGUGUUGUACCGUUGUUGUUACAUAAUAUUACCAUAUUACAUUUUCAGUAGCACGUCUUAGACCGAUGGACUGUGCCAUCCCAACGGCCUCCACAGUGGAUCAGUCCACUCAGACAGGAGCCAAUCAGUCUUGUACACCAUGAUUAUUAUUUUAAUUUUUUAUUGCUACUGCUCGACUAAAGAAAUCUCAGUCGACCAACAGCCUAUCGACCAAACAAUCGACCAGUCGACUAAAUGGGUUCAGCCCUAGUUUCAUUAUUGUGUCAUUUUCCCACUGUAAAAUAGUAUGUCGGCAGAUAUAUUGGUACGUUUUCUCCCCCCCAAAAUCGGAAUUGGUAUUGGACCCAAAAAAACCAUAUAGGUCGGGCUCUAAUAGAGAGGUAUUGUAUUGGACUUACAUGAUUCCCUGUGAUUUUCUGAGAACAGGAAUCUGGUCAUGCUCUGUUUCUAUCUGUAUAUGUUUUGAAACGUUGCUCUCCACUGAAGAAGCCACAUGUGUUGGACUGUAUUUUGUGUGUCCAAAUUGGUUCUGAUGUUGUGUUCCCUCUGAUUGGUUGAGAUCUAGUGGGUUGACCUGAUUGGUCUUUGUGGUGUCCUCCCACAGGAAGCUGCACGGUCAGGUGGGAGAACCGCACCAUGUACUGUGUGGUGAGUGUUUUCGCCGUGGCCGUGACCUGUUAACGUGGGGCCCUCUGUUCCCCUUCCCACAAUCCCCCUUUCUCGCACUGAGCUGAACACAACCUGGCAUGCACCAGCACCACCAAACCUUGAAGAUCCUAUGCUGAUUACCCAUAAAAAUAAAUGUCUGUUGUACAACAACACCCACAAACUUUGACCACUCCCAAUGGGAACCAUAGGAUGGGAAUUCAGUGAUGUUGCUAUAUGUGGUGGAUGCAUAGUGUUGUCUGUGUGCAAAUGUAAAUAUAGACCAGUAGUUAUAGAGAUAUGCUCAGCAUGGACUUAGGAAAUGGAACUACCCACACUGGUAAAGAUUCUGGGCGGCAGGUAGCUUAGUGGUU